GCUCUGGGCAUGGGCAGGUGGAGGGAGCAGGCAAAGUUUGGCCGGCGAUAGCGCCGGAGGCGGUGGGGUUGUGGGUGCUGCUGCUGGCGAGGACUCGGCGGGGGCCCGGCGUGGGCCACACGGGGUCAGCGCGGCACAGCAGUGCGCCUCCGCUUCUUCACUCCUGGGUGACGCUCCCCGCCGAGGCACGGCGCUGCGGGCGCGGCGCGGCCAUGGCCGAGGACCCCAGCGCGCUGCCCUGGUCCAUCAACAAGGAUGACUACGAGCUGCAGGAGGUCAUCGGGAGUGGAGCGACUGCAGUGGUGCAGGCAGCAUUCUGUGCGCCAAAGAAGGAGAAAGUGGCAAUUAAACGGAUCAAUCUGGAGAAGUGUCAGACGAGCAUGGAUGAACUACUGAAAGAAAUUCAGGCCAUGAGUCAGUGCCAUCACCCCAACAUUGUAUCUUACUACACAUCGUUCGUGGUGAAAGAUGAGCUUUGGCUGGUGAUGAAGUUACUUAGUGGAGGCUCUGUUUUGGAUAUUAUAAAGCAUAUCGUGGCCAAGGGAGAACACAAGACUGGUGUCCUGGAUGAAGCCUGUAUAGCCACAAUCCUUAAGGAGGUGCUGGAAGGGCUGGACUAUCUGCAUAAAAAUGGGCAAAUUCACAGGGAUGUGAAAGCAGGAAAUAUUCUUCUUGGAGAAGACGGCUCAGUGCAGAUUGCAGACUUUGGCGUCAGCGCAUUUCUGGCCACUGGUGGUGACAUUACCAGAAAUAAAGUCAGGAAAACCUUUGUGGGCACACCUUGCUGGAUGGCACCAGAAGUUAUGGAGCAGGUCAGAGGAUAUGACUUCAAAGCAGACAUCUGGAGUUUCGGCAUCACUGCCAUUGAACUGGCUACAGGGGCAGCUCCUUACCAUAAAUACCCACCAAUGAAGGUUUUAAUGCUGACGCUACAAAAUGAUCCUCCGUCUUUGGAAACUGGUGUGCAAGAUAAGGAGAUGCUGAAGAAGUAUGGGAAAUCUUUUAGGAAAAUGAUUUCAUCGUGCCUACAAAAAGACCCUGAAAAAAGACCGACAGCAGCAGAACUCUUAAGACACAAAUUUUUCACAAAAGCAAAGAAUAAAGAAUUUUUACAAGAGAAGAUGUUGCAGAGAGCACCAACAAUCACUGAAAGAUCCAAGAAGGUCCGGAGAGUUCCAGGUUCCAGCGGACGUCUUCAUAAGACUGAAGAUGGUGGCUGGGAAUGGAGCGAUGAUGAACUAGAUGAAGAAAGUGAGGAAGGCAGAGCAGCAAUUUCACAGCUCAGGUCUCCCAGAGUGAAAGAACCUCUACAAAAUUCUGAGCUAUUCCCAUCAGCUGAGCCUCCAGGUCCUUCACUCAAUCCUCCACAGGCACCCAUUCAACUACCUCAGGCUGCAGGGCAAGUACCUGCACAACCUCAAACUGCUGUACCUCCACCUAGUCAGGCUCCUCCAAUGGCCCCAGCAGCAGCCCAGGCCCCACCUGUACCUGCUGCAGCUCCGGUACAGGAAGAUGCGAAAGUCCCCAUCAGCCUCGUGCUAAGAUUAAGGAAUUCAAAAAAAGAGCUCAAUGAUAUUCGCUUUGAAUUUACCCCAGGGAGAGAUACUGCUGAUGGUGUGUCUCAAGAGCUCAUUUCAGCAGGUCUCGUUGAUGGCAGAGAUCUGGUAAUAGUUGCAGCUAAUUUGCAGAAAAUUGUGGAAGAGCCCCAAGCAAACAGAUCCGUCACUUUCAAACUGGCAUCUGGUGUGGAAGGCUCAGAUAUUCCUGAUGAUGGCAAACUGAUAGGAUUUGCACAGCUCAGCAUCAGCUAAACAAUGGCCCCAGGAGAUGUUUCCCAACUGAGAACCCACAUGUGCAUAUUCGUAAUGCUUCUGUUAGCCUAAAAAAACCACAAAACCAACAAACCACUACUGCCAAAGAAUUGAACUACAGCCCCCUUUUUCCUAGAAGCUUUAAUAUUUUUUCCUUCAUAGGAUCACAAACCUUCCUGAAACAACCGGUGGCGUUUACACCUUUUUUGUAAACAACUCUCAUGUUUUUGUACGUGUCAUCUCAGACAUGCAGCUCCAACACAUCAUUGCCUGCAUGGUCAGUUGAUUAUUGCCUUACUUUAAAGAAAAAGAAAAAUACUACUGAGUACGAAGCAGGGGGUUCCACUGCUCUGAUUAUCUUGCCUAAAUGUUUGCUUACAUGUGGUUUCAUUUUGUUGUGGGUUUUAUUCUUCCAUUUGCUAUUUUUGCACAAGUUUUAAUACUGAAUGGAUCUUUUUUGUUUUGUUCUCUACCCUCUUCCCCCGUCUGCAACACCAACAUCCAUAUUGUUUGGGUCACCCAGAGUGCUCACAAAUCUGCUUCUCUCCUGCUAUUUUUUGUUUGAUGCUUGCACCUGAGAGAGCAAGCCAAGUCUUAACCCACGGGAGGGAGAGCUGCCUUCCCUUGUGUUUGUGGUUUGGGUUUUUUUUUGGUUUGAGUUUGGGUUUUUUUUUUUUUUGAGAAGUUCCUUGACUUUGAGGUGUUAGAAGUCAUCUUCCCUUUGUAAACUGCCUUAAGUUGAUUUCGUUUUUUUACCGUUUUGGUUCUCUCCACAUGAGUGCCCGGCGUGGCAUGAGGGCUGAACCUCGGCAUUUACCUUAAGCAGUCCUUCCUCACAACGUCUUUCAUUCUGCGUCUUAGCUGUAGUCUGUUCUUGAAGCAGACCAAGGAGGCAUUGCUGUCUGGAAACUGGUCCUUCAGGCCAUCAGCAAACCAUCCGUGGUCAGAGGGAGAGGAGAUCUGUGUCACUCUGCCUUUGGACAAGCUGCGCUUCAGAGGCUCUGCUCUGCCUGACCACGCCAGUCCAUACAAUGUGUUUCCCAGCCCUUUGCAAACUGGUACCAGUUUGGAACCAUCCCUCUCGUGUUUCACAGCAAUAAAGAACUGCCGGUAGAGUGGUGGUCCCGGGCAGGCGAGCGCUGGGCUGUGUCCCCCUGCACUGACCGCUCGGCUCCUCGGCCUUUUCACCGCUCCCAGCCGUGGCGUUUGAUCAGGAUGUCCCUGACACCCUCUCACACACCUAUUUAGCUUUUCUUUCAAUGUGGGGUGCAAUUUGAGUUCCUACAGGAAUGAUAUAAAUUAUACUCUGAGUUUGAUAACAGACACUUGUAAUGCAAUAUGUGAAUAAUAAAGGGUGUUGAUUUUGUCCAACUACUGAUUCACAGUUGGCCUUUGUAGCUGCGAUUGACUCUGGAGUGUUUUCUACACACAAGUUGUAAGCCUGUAAUUUCACACACAGAUGGAAACGUGUUUGGUUUCCAUCAGCCACAAACAAUGCAGAAACAGAGUGUUGAAUGACUGGGUUCAGUUAGGACUUUGUGUUUUUUAUUUCCAAGUCUUUGGAUGAACAAUCUGUGUUUAUAUAUUGUUCUCUAUGAGCAGCUGUGGAAGUUUCCUGACUUGUGCAUGUCCUUUUUAUACCGCCCUUGUUGCUUUUAGCCCCAAGGUGGAUAUAUUCGGUAUGUCCCUAGGGACUGUUUGCAGCCCUGUGUCUUGUGAGUGUGAAAGGGAGGGAGAGGAGAAUGAGGCUUUAGGAGUGAGAGCAUUCCAAGGUGCUGAGCAUAUACUCUAAGGGGCCCAGGACACAAGUGCAUGGCCCCAGGGUGCUGGCGGUAGCUGGCUUUGGCCAAGGGUGUGUGUGCAAUGUGCCCGUUGACACCUCUGGCACUUCCUCCUGCUGUCUGACACAAAACCCUCCGUGUGAUAUCCCACUUGGAGCUGCUUGGCUUGGGAAGAGCAAGGCUAGCACCUUGAUUUUCAUGUCACCCUCUGCUCACUCUGGUUGUGUUGGAAACCCAUGGGAUCCAGAGAUGAAGUGUUCUUGGUACAGUAUUACUUUCCCUUCUGCCUGCACGCCGUGGGGACCUCUUUUUGUUCAUUUGUGUGCUGGUGCUGAGAAAGGUAAGAUUCAGCUGCUCAAAUGGAACAAUGCAGCAUCUGUUAAGUUAUUCCCCACCUUUCCAAAGUCAGGAUGUAGAGAGCUUGAGCUCACACUAACCCAAGGCUCCUUAGUUCUUUAACAGAGAAAAUAAGCAAGGAGGAAAUUUCUUGGUCUCUAGAGCUCCAGAUGUUUUGGGUAGGGAUCCAAAGUAUUUACUUGGGCUAUUACCAUUCUAGACAACUGUCUUUUCUGAUGUUGUUCCAGUAAGUGCCAAUGCUGUCCAUAAUUGUUUUCCAGUGUCAUUGAGAAUUUGGGGUUUGUGCAAAUUUCUGAUCUGAACCUGGAAGCAGGUGUUAAGGUUUUAAGUUAGUUCCUACUUUUAAGGACAGUACUCUGUUAAUGAAAACGGAUCCUCUUCACAGCUUUGGUGUAUUGUAGAGUAUAAUGAAAGAUGUAAAAUAUUCAGGCUUUUCUCCUUUUUUGGACUUUGUAUUUUACUGCAUGUCUCUAAUUUUUAAUCAAUAAAGAACAAAUUGUCCAUUGGCA